GGCGGUGAUUGGGUUGAUCUUCUCACUUUCCAUCCCCAAACUCGCAGGCCAAACCGCUUCAACCACCACCAGCGAACUCAACCACGACACCGCAACGACAAUUCCCACACAUUCACGCAACCCCUCCCACUACUGCAUAUCUUUUUCAUGACUUCCCUCUUUCCCACCCGACGACAAUUCCGCAACUAUACCCGUCAGCAUGGCUGACCAGUGCAUUGUCUGCCUCGAGGACUUGGACGCUGUUCCUGACGCCUCGAUUCACGAUGAUCUCCCAGUGGUGGCGGUUACCACCGAAGACCACCAGCAAUCAACCCAUCCCAGCACAACCACCACCAGCGAGCCUAUUGCCCUGAUCAAACCUUGCAACCAUGUAUUGCACGACGAGUGUUUACGGGCUUGGUCGCAGAAAGCAAAUAGCUGCCCUAUUUGCCGCCAAACAUUCAAUCUGGUCGAGGUACUAGAUAAGGUUGGAGGUACCGUAUUAUCCGAAUAUGCUGUUGAAGACAAGAAACAAGUAGCAGAAUUUGAUCCAAACGCCUGGGUCGAGGAUCAAUUCGAGGAAGAGGAAGAAAGUCGUCCCUGCCCAGUAUGCGGAGAAGCCGAUCAAGAAGAGGUGCUCCUCCUCUGUGAUAGCUGCGAUGCACCAUAUCAUACACACUGUAUUGGCCUUGGAGAUCGAGUCCCGCAUGGACACUGGUUCUGUAUGGAAUGUGCGGACGAGGGAGCCUACGCAAGAGCUGCUGGUGCUACCCAAGACCAAACUCGCAACGAACCCAUCUCAGGACGAAGGGGCCCAAGAACUCAGGCUGGUGUUCGACGUAGCCGUCAGCGACUGAGAAAUGACCACUGGGUUGGUGCUUGGAGUCUAUUCAGCAGUCGAAUCCAUAAUGUCGCCGGAUUGGACUUGGACUUUUCCGACGAUGACCUGUCUAUGGCCGACUAUCGUCGCCAUCAACGCCGCACUUCCGAUGAACGAAGAGAAUUCCAACGAUGGCAGCAGAGGCUGAAUAUCGCUGGUCGUCAAGGAGCAAGAGAAGUGUUUCGAGCCGCCGCUCCUGUCAGAAUUCGCUCCCCGACUCCUGCCGAAACAAUAGAGGAGACUCGAGCAUGGGGCGCUUUCGAGAAAGCCAAGGAAAUGGAUACGAAGAGCCCAAGAAGCCGGAAGAGAAAGUCGCGAUCAGUAACUGCAUCACCAGCUGAAGGUCCAUCAGCGCCACCAGCAGAACCAGAACGAAAACUCAAGCGACCUCGUACCAGAAGAGUGCUCAACCAGCCUGAAGCAUCAUCCUCUUCAGCAGCAGGGUCCAGUCGCCAAAUGAAUGGCCAACGUGCAGAAUCACCCACAGCUCGAAUUCUUAAUGACACAACUGGAGAGCCCUCGUUCCUAUCUUCGCUUCUCAAAGAGGUCGAAAUGAAUCCGACUUCAGACGACGAUCGAUCGGCUUUCAGUGCCACUACCACAUCUGGACCGAAUCGCGUCACAAGUCCGUCCGUCGACUAUUCCUCUCCUGCUGCAUCGCCAGUAUCAUCUUCGCCUUACCACACACCGAGAGCUUCGUCAAUGACACCUCCACCUCACAUCAGCAAACGCUCGGGCUCACCGCUGCCGCUGACUUCCAGAGUGGAACCAAUAUUUCCGCCUGCAGAAUAUUCGCCGAAUCGAUCACCACCCGAAAGCAAAUCAGAACAAGAACAAAUAUCCCCUAUAACGGAGUUACGACAACCACGACCUCGACGACAAAAACCUGUAACACUACCCCGCUCUCAAGAGACAUCACCAACUCGCGCGGUCUUGCCUAUUGAAGCUAAGGAAGGCAUCAACAAGAUUGUUAAAUCUGCUCUUGCGCCGCACUGGAAAUCCAUGGAGAUCACCAAGGAGCAAUAUGCAGAAAUCAAUCGCGAUGUAUCACGGAAACUGUACGAAACCAUCAACUUUCGCAAUCUGAAUGAUGAGAAAGAGAAAUGGGCUUGUGAGAAGAUUGCUACUGCAGAGGUAGCAACAGCUGUCAAAGCAUUAACCGCAUGAACUUGCACAGAAGGAUAUGAACACAUUUUGGGAAUUGGCGAAUAUGGUUGCUUUGGGGACUCGAGGCGUACUUAGAGAUACCCGGUAUAAGCAUGAAAUCACGGUGUUGGCAUGGGAUAUGAGGUUCUCUUAAGAUAUCUGUCAUGAGACAGGAUAUGAUUUGUAACUUAGCUAGGCGUUCUCGCGUGGAUCUUUGUUGCAUUGCGAAGCUUGCAUACUUGGCUGUUUAUGUUCAUAGACGACUGAAAUGCAAGACAUUAAAUUUUGCUU